AUGGCGAUGAUGAUGACUGGCCGUGUGCUGCUGCUGGUGUGUGCCCUCUGCGUGCUGUGGUGCGGUGCCGGCGGGGUUCUGGCAUCGGCGUCCGAUGUUGCUGCUGGUGGAUCCGGAACUUCCGGCGAACGUGGAGGUGGUGAUAAAUCUUCUCUCGCAGAUGGGAGUCAUGGAGGCAGUGGAGGUUCAAAUGGUGAUAGUUCUCAUGAAAGUGAAAGUGAACCUUCGGAUUCUGCUUCCAAUGAAAAAUCUUCAAACCUCCAGGUUGAUGAGAAUGAAGAUCCAAAUUCCUCUGGGCAACCUUUACAGCAGGGAAAAGAGGGCUCCAAAGGAAAACAGGAUCACUUACAAUCAGCGCCUCAAAAUGGAUCGCCACAUAAAGUGAAUGGAACAGAAACACUUGGUUCUGAUGCGCAGGUACAGUUGUCCGCUACACCAAACGCAGAACUUAAUACUAAUGUUGCUGACGGUGAAAUCGCGAACGGGGGAAGAGGGAAUACUGGCCACAAUGCCGGGUUAUCCCCUUACAGCAGCGACUCCUCAGCACCCCCAGUACCACAAGUCAAUGACGUAGUACCACCAGCAGAGCCAUCACCAGCAAUGACUGUUCCAGCAGGAGAAACAAACCCAACAGCAUCAAAAGACUUACAAAAUAUAACAGAAACAACAAGCACGACGCCACCGUCACACUCCAAAACGGCGUCCGAAGCACCGGAAAACCCCUCAGGGAAUGGUGCGCCAAAGCAACACAGAGAAGAAACAGAUCCACCAGAUUUGAAGGAUGCACCUACGAGCCAUACAGCGCAAUCAACAGCAUCACCCAUCUCCACAAGUGGCAGUAGUGGUGCCCAGAGUGAGGCGGAUGCGGAUGAUGACGACCCUCAACGGCCUAACCCCGAAGGACCGCAGAACGACGGAACCGAAGCUGGUGAUACCCACGGUCCAUCUGCAGCCAGCGAUGCAGCACCACAAGCAGCAAAAGCAAUCGCCGCUCAAACAAAUGGUACGGUGACACCUGGCGACAGUGACGGCAGCACCGCGGUCUCCCACUCCACCUCCCCUCUUUUGCUUCUUGUUGUUGUUGUGUGUGCGGCUGCUGCUGCGGUGGUGGCCGCGUGA